AUGGGGUACCCUUGCGCGGUCAACAGCUGGAGCAGCCACUCAGGACAGCCUGGCUAUGACCCUCGGACCCGAACCCUGUAUGAGACUCCAGUCGUGGACCGACUUCCAGGGCAGGGCUGCGCCCCAGCCCUGCGGGGGCUGCCGUGGGUCUACGCUGCUGCAGCUGAGGGCCGGAGCCAGGUCAUGGCCUGGGGUCACUGUGUGGCUCUGUUGUUGCUGCUGCCGGCAGCCACCCUGGGGCAAGGUCAGCAGCCGCACUCCAAGCCCGGGCCCCCCCGCCUCCGCUACCGCUAUGACUGCGGGUCCAGGGGCAUGCAGCUGCUGGUGUACCCCCCACCAGGCCGCACCGUCCACUUCAAGGCCAUGGAUGAAUUUGGGAACCUAUUCGAGGUGAACAACUGCUCCAUCUGUUACCACUGGGUCACCUCCACGCCCCAGGGGCCUACAGUCCUCUCUGCUGAAUACAAAGGCUGCCACGUGCUGGAAAAGGAAGGCCGCUUCCACCUGAGGGUGUCCAUAGAAGUCCUUCUGCCCAGUGGUCGUGUAGCUGCAACCAGAGACGUCACUAUGACCUGCCCCCAGGCUGACCUCACCUCCAUGCCGGGCCCCCGCCAGGCACCGCUGGCCACGUCCUCACUCUCUACCCCUUCUGCACCGCUGGCCACGUCCUCACUCUCUACCCCUUCUGCACCGCUGGCCACGUCCUCACUCUCUACCCCUUCUGCACCGCUGGCCACGUCCUCACUUUCUACCCCUUCUGCUCAGUCCCUCCACCCUGCCUCUCACCGCACCUUGCCCAGCCCGCCAUACCCAGAGCUCAGUGUCCCGCAGCCGGCCUCGCCAUCCCCCGGAGCUGCCCCCACCUACCCCACUCCGACUCAGCCCCAGUGGAGCACCUGGGAACUCUGGGAAGGGGACAGCCCAGCCUACGCAGGUACCCACCUGACCCCGGACCAGUGCCAGGUGGCCUCUGGGCACAUCCCCUGCCAAGUGAGAAGUUCAAAGGCAGCCUGUCAGCAGGCCGGCUGCUGCUAUGACAAGAGCAGGGAGAUGCCCUGUUACUACGGCAACACAGUGACUGUCCAGUGCUUCAGAAGUGGCUACGUGGUCCUGGUGGUGUCCCAGGAAACGGCGCUGGCCCACAGGGUCUCGCUGGACAACAUCCGCCUGGCCUUCGCGCCCCGAGGCUGCGCCCGGGCCCAGGAGACUGGGUCGUUCGUGGCCUUCCGCUUUCCUCUCACCCACUGCGGCACCACACUCCAGGUGGUUGGUGACCAGCUCAUCUAUGAGAACCAGCUGGUGUCUGACCCUGACGUCCAGGUGGGGCCGCAGGGAUCCAUCACUCGAGACGGCACCUUCCAGCUUCUUGUCCGCUGCGUCUUCAACACCAGCGACUUCCUGCCCAUCCAGGCGUCCAUCCUCCCUGCCCUGCCGCCAUCGUCCUCGUGGCCCACCACCGUCAGCCAGGCCGGCCCCCUGCCCGUGCAGCUGCGUGUUGCCAAGGACGCCUCCUUCAGCUCCUACUACCGGGAGGGCGACUACCCCAUCGUGAGGCUGCUCCGCCAGCCCGUGCACGUGGAGGUCCGGCUCCUGCAGCGGGUGGACCCCAGCCUGGUCCUGGUGCUGCACCAGUGCUGGGCCACCCCCAGCGUGAACCCCUUCGAGCAGCCUCAGUGGACCAUCCUGUCAGAUGGGUGUCCUUUCAAGGAUGACGCUUACAAGACCCAAAUGGUGCCCGUGGACGAGGCCUCGGUGCCUGUCGCCUCCCACUACCAGCGCUUCACAGUGGCCACCUUCACCCUCCUGGACCCCCAAAGGGUCUUCAGGAAGCAGGUCUACUUCUUCUGCAGCGUCUCCGUGUGCGUCCCGUCUGGUGGCGAGACCUGCUUGCCUUCCUGUCGGAAUCCACGGCUGAGACGAUCCUCCAGUUCUCUCAGCACCCCCAGCCCCCAGAACAUCGUGAGCUCCCCAGGGCCAGUGAGCUUUGAGGACCCCUACAGACAGGAACCUGCCCUGGGACACACAGGGUCCCCCAGCAGGAGCCCCAGCCCGCAGCCGCUUCUCUGGGUGCUGCUCCUGCUGCUGGCCGUCACCCUGGCCCUCGGCACUGGGGUCUUCGUGGGCCUGAAGCAGGUCCGGGCCCAGAAACUUCGGGACAACAGGGGGUGAAUGGGCU